AGGAUGGCAUUCUGUCUGGUCCUGCGCAUGGCGCUGCUGCUGCUCUCCGGGGUCCUGGCCCCAGCAGUGCUCACAGCCGAGGGUCCGCAGGAGCCCGCGCCCACCCUGUGGAACGAGCCCGCCGAGCUGCCGUCGGGAGAGGGCCCCGUGGAGAGCACCAGCCCCGCCCGGAAGCCCGCGGCCACCGGACCCCCGGCCCCCACGGCCGCGCCGGGCCCCGAGGACAGCACGGCGCGGGAGCCGCUGGACCCGGGCAGCGGCUCGCUGGGGCCCGGCGCCAUCGCCGCCAUCGUCAUCGCCGCCCUGCUGGCCACCUGCGUGGUGCUGGCGCUCGUGGUCGUCGCGCUGAGAAAGUUUUCCGCCUCCUGAAGCGAAUAAAGGGGCCGCGCCCCCGCCGCACGGCGCGACUCGGCUGCAACCCCGGUGGCGCCCCCGUGUCUCGAGUGUGUCCGCGCGUGCGUGUGGGGGCGAGCGGGGCGGGUG